GCGCGGGGCGACGAGGCGGUUCCACCCCCGUGAGGCGGCGCGGUGGGCGCGUCCGGAGCCGCCCGGCCGGGCGGGGCGGGCCCUGUGGCGGGCGGGCAGCGAUGGCGGCGGCCGAGGUGGCGCGGCAGGGUGAAGGCUGUCGUACUGUCCCCCUUUCUGGACACGUAGGAUUUGACAGUUUGCCUGACCAGCUGGUUAAUAAGUCAGUUAAUCAUGGGUUUUGUUUCAACAUCCUGUGUGUGGGGGAAACUGGCCUUGGUAAGUCCACUCUCAUGGACACGCUUUUCAACACCAAAUUUGAAGGUGACCCAGCAUCUCACUCACAGCCUGGGGUCCAGCUGAAAUCCAGUACCUAUGACCUGCAAGAGAGCAACGUCAACCUCAAACUGACUAUUGUAAGCACAGUGGGCUUUGGGGAUCAAAUCAACAAAGAGGACAGCUACAAGCCCAUUGUUGAGUUCAUCGAUGCUCAGUUUGAAGCCUACUUGCAAGAAGAACUGAAGAUAAAGAGGGUCUUGCAUAAUUACCAUGACACCCGGAUCCACGCUUGCUUGUACUUCAUUGCUCCGACAGGCCACUCACUGAAAUCCUUGGACCUGGUAACAAUGAAGAAGCUUGACAGCAAGGUCAACAUUAUUCCUAUAAUUGCCAAAUCUGAUGCCAUUUCCAAAAGUGAGCUGACCAAGUUUAAAAUCAAGAUCACAAGUGAACUGGUCAGUAACGGGGUUCAGAUCUACCAGUUCCCAACAGAUGAUGAAUCAGUGGCAGAGAUAAAUGGAACAAUGAAUGCCCACUUGCCGUUUGCAGUGAUUGGGAGCACGGAGGAGUUGAAAAUAGGAAACAAAAUGAUGAAAGCUCGUCAGUACCCUUGGGGCACAGUGCAGGUGGAGAAUGAAGCUCACUGUGAUUUUGUGAAGCUGCGGGAGAUGCUGAUCCGUGUGAACAUGGAAGACCUUCGUGAGCAGACCCACACACGGCACUACGAGCUGUACCGGAGGUGUAAACUGGAAGAGAUGGGUUUCAAGGACACUGAUCCAGACAGCAAGCCCUUCAGCUUACAAGAAACUUAUGAGGCCAAAAGAAAUGAGUUUCUGGGGGAACUGCAAAAAAAGGAAGAGGCAAUGAGGCAAAUGUUUGUCCAGAGGGUCAAGGAAAAAGAAGCAGAGCUGAAGGAAGCUGAAAAAGAGCUCCAUGAAAAGUUUGAUCGUCUGAAGAAGUUACAUCAGGAUGAAAAAAAGAAGCUGGAGGAUAAGAAGAAAUCUUUGGAUGAUGAAGUUAAUGCAUUUAAACAGAGGAAGACAGCAGCUGAAUUGCUCCAAUCUCAGGCUCAGCAGGCUGGAGGAUCACAAACUCUUAAGAGAGAUAAGGAAAGAAAAAAUUAACUGCUGUUUGGCUGCAUGGUGCAUGAGGCACGUUGUCCUGUUCGGGUUUCCUGUAGAACCUUUCCCUUCGCACCAGAAGCGAAUGCCCCCACAUUCGGUUAACACGCAGCCAUGCCAUUGUGCCUGUUUGCUCACCUUUUCUCAUUGCUCCCUUCCUGUGCUCACCAGUCUGUUCUAAGCCACAGUCCGCACCCUUGGCUGUUCUGGGUUACAGUUGUUUCUGUGAAGAACUCAGCAACAGCCUCUGUGGAACUGGCCAGAGAUGCUUGUGGCUGAUAACUCCCCCUGUGGUCCAUAGCAGCUGCCAGGCGCUUGUAGCAUCACCACUCCUCAGUUACGCAGCUUUUUGUCUCUCCCCUGCGUUUUGUGCGAGGCUGCAUGGUGGCAGCAGCUGCUCAGCCGCGUGCUUUUCGUGCCACCAGGGGUCGACUGCAAACGCAACGCGGUGGGUGGUGUCCAGAGAAGGGCUGCCCUCUCACCUUUUUAGUUUGCAGUAGCUAACCUGUCACUGCCCUGCUGCGCUGUCGUGUGCAAAUCAAAUCACCUUAAAGGACUUUUUGCCAAACUUUACGUCCUCGCAGGCGUGACGGCCUGAAUCCAAUCCUCAGUUCCCAAGCCUGGGGGAUUUUUCAGACUUGGAUCCAUGGUUUGCAACUAAGUGUUCUCUGAAUGCUGCAGGGGUCACGAAGGAUCUCCUGCCUUGUCUUCUGCUCAGUGUGCUGGGCUGGAUGCACAUCCUGGAUCCAAUCUCAGGGAAAGCUGGUCACCUUGCUGUACACACCAGUGCCUGUGAAGAAAGAUGAUGACGUUUCUUUGCCUUUCUUCUCAGUGAUUCCAAAAAUUUUUCAUCUUAAUGCAAAAAGUAUCACCUUUAAUUUUUAUUUUUUUUUACAUCUGUUUAGAAGAGUGCAGAUGUUGGCAAGUUGCUUCUUAUAUUUUCUAUUCAACAAAAGCCUUGUUCUAAUGCAAGAUUUGCACUAAAAGAGAAGGUGUUUGCUCUUUGGGGCCAGGAGUUCACCCAGUGGCCGAGUGCAGCUGCAGUUUGCCUGCAGGUGUCUUUGCUGUGUAUUUCUGGAUGAGUUGUUUGUUUGUUUUUUAAAUAAAGCCUUCAUCAGACAGUGAA